UUUUGUUCAGUGCACCGAAGCGUUCCGACUAUUGCUGUUGUUCCCAGAGUGUUCUCCGGAUUUUACGGCGCUGGUUAUUCAUGUUAUCGAACAUCGUCAGUGGCGGUGGGCAAAUAAACGUGCGGCACGUUGUGAUUACACGUGAGCCGAGUUCGCUGGCUGUCCGGCAAUGGGUGCGAGCGGGACGGAGCAGCGCGGCGAGAGCUUUCGGCGCGCCUAUCCCGCUCGCACAGACGCCGGCCGCGGCACGUUGGCGCUGUGUGAGUGGGUGUUUCGGUCAGUGUGUGUAUCUGUGAGAUGCAUUUUGUAUCUGACUUCAGUGAGCUAGCCGUAACUCAGAUCGCAUUCAGCAUUGUGCGUUUCAAAUACAAACCAAAAAUAUUUUCGUUAGUGUAUAUAGAAACACUGAAACUAAAACACGAUCUAUUCUACAAAGAAACCCAACAAGUGCUCAGAAAAGCUCAAUUGCUUAGAAAGAUAAACAAUCAGCUUGAAUUAAAACAGCUAAAACUAAAACAGCAACAUAUUUAACGACCGAGAAAAUUUGAAAAUUGUUACAGCUAACGCGCAAAUUGCCAAGAGGUACCUCAAUGUUAGCCAUCGACAAUGAGCAGAGUUAGGCAGCUCCACAAUCACAUCUGGAAUAAUCAGAACUUUAUCAAGUGAAAUCGGUUAUGGACUGGUUACUAGCAACUCCGCAGUUGUACAGUGCGUUCUCCUCUUUGGGCGGCUUGGAAGGGGAUACCUAUGUGGUCAGCCCAAAUGCAUUGGCCAUUCUGGAGGAGAUCAACUACAAGCUCACCUAUGAGGACCAGACACUACGCACCUUUCGACGAGCCAUUGGCUUUGGCCAGAAUGUGAAGUCAGAUCUGAUACCGCUGCUGGAGAAUGCCAAGGACGAUGCGGUCCUGGAGUCGGUCAUCCGGAUACUGGUCAACCUGACGGUGCCGGUUGAGUGCCUGUUCUCCGUGGACGUGAUGUACCGCACGGAUGUGGGUCGCCACACCAUUUUCGAGCUGAACAAGCUGCUGUACACCAGCAAGGAAGCAUUUACGGAGGCCAGGAGCACCAAGAGCGUGGUGGAGUACAUGAAACACAUACUGGAGUCGGACUCAAAGUUGUCGCCGCACAAAUGCGAUCAAAUCAAUAACUGUCUGCUGCUGCUGAGGAAUAUCCUCCACAUUCCGGAGACGCAUGCCCAAUGCGUGAUGCCCAUGAUGCAGUCGACGCCCCAUGGCAUCUCCAUGCAGAACACGAUUUUGUGGAACCUCUUCAUCCAGAGCAUCGACAAAUUACUCCUGUAUCUGAUGACCUGUCCGCAGAGAGCUUUUUGGGGAGUGACCAUGGUGCAACUGAUUGCCCUGAUCUACAAGGAUCAGCAUGUGAGCACUCUGCAAAAACUGCUUAGCCUCUGGUUCGAAGCCUCUCUGUCGGAGAGCUCUGAGGAUAACGAGAGUAAUACCUCGCCACCCAAGCAGGGCAGUGGCGAUUCCAGUCCCAUGCUCACCUCGGAUCCCACCUCCGAUUCCUCGGACAACGGCAGCAAUGCCCGCAGUAUUGUCGGUGGCAUGCGGGAGGGAGCAUCAGCCACUUUGCAGGAUGUGAGCCGCAAGGGCCAGCAGUACCAGAACGCCAUGGCCAGGGUGCCAGCCGAUAAGACCGAUGGCUCCGAGGAGGCCAGCGAUGUGACGGGGAACGACAGCGAACAGCCAGGAUCUCCGGAGCAGUCCCAGCCCUCUGGCGAGUCCAUGGAUGAUAAGGAUUACGAGGACCAGAGACGCAGCCAGCUGCACGAGAACGGAGAGCUGGAUAAAAAUGAGGAUAAAGUGGAGAAAGAGGAGUGCCUGCUAUUGGCCCCAGCCACGGAGCCCCUAAACUUAAGCCAACAACCAGCUGACAAGCUCAACAGCACUACCAACCCAACGUCCAGCCCACCACAGGGCUGCGUGGGUCAUGAGCCAUUCAAGGCACCACCUCCUCUGCCAGUCAAGGCCUCCACCUCAGCACCUGCUCCGAUGCAGCAGUUCAACGCGACCCACGUGACUGCGGUGGACUUGGGCCAAAAGUCGCCGCAUGCCGGCCAGCUGCAGCUGACCAAGGGCAAGUGUUGUCCACAGAAACGGGAAUGCCCCUCCUCGCAGUCGGAGCUGUCGGAUUGCGGCUAUGGCACCCAGGUGGAGAAUCAGGAAUCUAUCUCCACCUCCAGCAACGACGACGAUGGGCCGCAGGGCAAGCCGCAGCACCAAAAGCCUCCGUGCAACACGAAACCACGGAAUAAACAACGGGCGGUUAUGUCGCCAAUGGACAAGAAGGAGCUGAGACGCAAAAAGUUGGUCAAACGCAGCAAAAGCAGCCUCAUCAACAUGAAGGGUCUGGUGCAGCACACGCCCACCGAUGAUGACAUAUCCAAUCUCCUGAAGGAAUUCACCGUGGACUUCCUCCUCAAGGGCUACAGCUAUCUGGUGGAGGAACUGCACAUUCAACUGCUUUCCAAUGCGAAGGUGCCCAUUGACACGUCGCACUUCUUCUGGCUGGUCACCUACUUCCUGAAGUUCGCCGCCCAACUGGAGCUGGAUAUGGAGCACAUCGACACCAUUCUCACCUACGAUGUGCUGAGCUACUUGACCUACGAGGGCGUGUCCCUCUGUGAGCAACUGGAACUCAAUGUCCGGCAGGAGGGCAGUGAUCUGAAGCCGUAUCUCAGGCGCAUGCACUUGGUGGUGACGGCCAUCAGGGAGUUCCUCCAGGCCAUCGAAACGUACAACAAAGUGACCCACCUGAAUGAGGACGACAAAGCCCAUUUGAAGGAGCUCCAGCUGCAGAUUAGCGAAAUGUCCGAUCUGCGGUGCCUUUUUGUGCUGCUGCUGAGGCGCUUCAAUCCCAGCAUCCAUUCCAAGCAGUAUCUCCAGGAUCUGGUGGUUACCAAUCACAUUCUCCUCCUCAUUCUGGACAGUUCGGUCAAACUCGGUGGGGGUCAAUCCAUUCGCCUGUCGGAGCACAUUGCCCAGUUUGCUACGCUGGAGGUGAUGCACUACUAUGGCAUCCUGCUGGAGGACUUCAGCAACAACGGAGAGUUUGUCAAUGACUGCAUCUUCACCAUGAUGCAUCACAUAGGUGGCGAUCUGGGCCAGAUUGGGGUGCUCUUUCAACCAAUUAUUUUGAAAACCUAUUCAAGAAUUUGGGAAGCGGACUAUGAACUAUGCGAUGACUGGUCUGAUCUCAUCGAGUAUGUGAUUCACAAGUUCAUGAAUACUCCUCCGAAGUCGCCACUCACCAAUCCCACAACUUCCUUGACGGAAAUGACGAAGGAACACAACCAGGAGCAUACCGUUUGCACUUGGUCGCAGGAGGAAAUGGACACCCUGUAUUGGUAUUAUGUGCAGAGCAAGAAGAACAACGAUGUUGUGGGAAAGAUAGUACAGCUCUUUAGCAACAACGGCAACAAGCUGAAAACCCGGAUUUCUAUUAUCCAACAACUCUUGCAACAGGAUAUUAUAACCUUGCUGGAAUACGACGACCUGAUGAAGUUCGAGGAUGCUGAGUAUCAGAGAACGCUGCUGGCCACUCCCACUUCCGGAACCACAGAGUCCGGAAUCGAGAUUAAGGAGGGCGCCUACGGCAAACCCUCAGAUGAUGUGCAGAUCCUGGUUGACCUGAUCAUCAAGGAGAACAAAGCGCAUCACCUGUUGUGGCUGCAAAGGAUCCUCAUCGAGUGCUGCUUCGUCAAGCUGACCCUGCGGAAUGGUUUCAAGAGUCCGGAGAGUUUCAAGCACAUCAUGGAGCCGGUGGCCUACCACUGCAUCUGCAAGCAGAAGUCCAUUCCGGUGGUGCAGUGGAACAACGAGCAAUCGACCACGAUUCUGUACCAGCCCUUUGUCCUGCUGCUCCACAAGCUGGGCAUUCAGCUGCCGGCGGACGCGGGCUCGAUCUUCGCCAGAAUCCCGGACUACUGGACGCCGGAGACCAUGUACGGACUGGCCAAGAAGCUGGGACCGCUGGACAAACUCAACCUCAAGUUCGACGCCAACGAGCUGGAGGAUGGGACGCCGACGACCCCGUUGCGGUACCGCCACACCGGACCCCGCAACUCCCUCAGCUCGGUGAGCAGCUCGGUGGACGUGGAUCUCGGCGAGUCCGAGGAGCUGGCCCUCAUACCCGAGGUGGACGCGGACGUGGAGAAGGCCCACGCCCUGGCAUCCCUGCCCUCGCCCAGCGAGAUCUUCGCGGUGCCCAAGACGAAGCACUGCAACUCGAUCAUCAGAUAUACACCCGAUCCCACGCCGCCAGUGCCCAACUGGCUGCAGUUGGUCAUGCGCAGCAAAUGCAAUCAGCGCGCAGGUCCGGCUGCUGAUCUCAGCGAUUGCGUGGGCUCCUCGGCGACAACCGUGGAUGAUGAGGGACUGGGCAAGUCCAUCAGCACACCCACCUCGCAGGAGACGCGCACCUCCAUGAGCACGGCUAAUGUCACUACCACUUUGAGCCUGACCAUGCUGAACACCUUCAUGGGAAGCCAAAACGAGAACAGCAGCAGUUCCGGAUGCGGUGGCACCGUGUCCUCCUUGUCCAUGGUGGCUCUGAUGAGCACUGGCGUGACGGGCGGUGGUGGUGGUCAAGAUGGCGGUGGCGGUCAAGAUGACGGCGGCGGUCAAGAUGGCAGUGGCGGUAGCGGCGACGAUGGUGUCGGCGACGUUGGCGGUGGCUCCUCCGGUCUGGACAUGGAUGCGGAUGCCUUCGAGGGCAACGGAUCGCACUUCCCGCGGGCCAACAACUUGGACCAGGAGUACAGUGCCAUGGUGGCGUCUGUGUACGAAAGGGAGAAGGAAUUAAACAGCGACAAUGUCUCUUUGGCCUCGGACCUGACCAGAAUGUAUGUGAGCGAUGAGGAAGAUCGACUCGAGCGAACCGAGUUCCGGCUGCCCCACUAUCACUGAGGAUCCAGUCCCAAUCGAUCAGAUAUCCGAGUUUUGAGUGAGGCCUACCAGCUGGAAAGAACUGUACCUUAAUCAAUCAAAUCGAGUAACAUUUAAUAUUAUCCGGCACAAGGAUUGUACAUUUAAUGACCUCUGAAUGCAAAAAGUAUACCUGAUUAAUUAGCUACGCAUAAAGUAAAGUACGCGGUUGAAGAAAAGUUAGAAGCAGAAAGUGUAGAAAAGUGCAUUAUUUGGAUAAUGAGUGUGAGGCUCUGCAGACUGUAUGUCUAUUCUAGCCCAAUAGAUACUCUUAAGUUAACCCUAGUUUCCAAUCGUAUUCGGUAUACUUACCACAUACACACACACACAUUUAUAUGUAAAUGGGCAGUUCCUGGUUGAAAUAGUGCAAAUAUACACAGAUAAAUCUAUUUACACGAUUAAGAAAGAAGAGCGCCGGUGUCCAAAAUCCAUCUGUAUGUAUAUCCUUAGUCAUAAGUUAUGCUUAGCAGUAAUAAAGCUUUCCCUGUAGCCAAAA